GGACAGGUCUAGGCAUUGGCCAGGGAUUCGGGAAGGAUUCAGGCUGGCCGAUGGGGAAGAGGCUAACACGGACUCUGAAGGCCUGAGGUUUUAGCAGCAAUAGCCCAGGCUCCAGUAUAACUUAGGGCCUGACCUCUCGGGACACACCCAGCCCUGUGGACCCAGAUACCGUGGAGGUGCUGAUGACCUUUGAACCUGACCCUGCUGACUUAGCCCUGUCAAGCAUUCCCGGCCAUGAGACCUUUGACCCUCGGAGACAUCGAUUCUCAGAGGAGGAACUUAAGCCCCAGCCCAUCAUGAAGAAGGCGAGGAAGAUCCAGGUGCCAGAGGAGCAGAAGGACGAGAAGUAUUGGAGUCGGCGGUACAAGAAUAACGAGGCAGCCAAGCGGUCCCGCGACGCCCGGCGGCUUAAGGAGAACCAGAUAUCGGUGCGGGCGGCCUUCCUGGAGAAGGAGAACGCCCUGCUGAGGCAGGAGGUGGUGGCCGUGCGCCAGGAGCUGUCCCACUACCGCGCCGUGCUGUCCCGCUACCAGGCCCAGCACGGAGCCCUCUGAGGCCGCGCCCCACCCCGACCCGGCGGAGCUCUCCGCCGCCUCACUCAGACUUGCGCCCUGACACCCCCUCUCCUCCCCAUCCUGUGGUCCACGGGCCGGCCAGCUGGGUGCCCCAGGGACGUGAUGAUGCAGAUAAAUACAUUUAUAUUUUUAAGAAAAAGCGAGCCUCCCCCCCUCCCUCGCGGGGGCGGGGAGGGUCCUCUGUGUGUGCCUCCGGCACGUCGGGGACCCCACCCUCCCACCGCCUCCGUUAACACUAUCCUGAAUAAAUCUUGAUAACCCCA